AUGCUCCAGGACACAUCAAAAAGGACGUGGGCGGCGGCAGGACAGCGUCAGUUUCCUGAUGAAGAAGACCGAGCCCUCCUCGACGACCUCAUCAAGGAGAACGGAUCGGACAAGGUCAAGGACUACAUCUCUCGCAAUUUCACGCCCACAGUCAUCAAGAUACGGCGCAUCACGCCCGAAAACGCGCACGAGUGGAUAGAUCUGAGCGCUUUCGCGGCGUGGCUCGUCGAGGACUGCCAGAAGCGGCUGCGCGGGCCCACGCCUCCUCGAGAUCCUGCGCCGCCCGACGUCGAGAAGCAGCGGGGUACCGAUGUUCAGCAGCCGCGCCCCACUGAGGUGCAGCAAUCGCGAACAACUGAGGUGCAGCAGCCACAAGCCGAGAGUACCCCAAGACCACCCUCGCUGCCGCUCUCGAUGUAUAGGCAAUUUCAGAAGCGUGAUCGGCCGUCGUACCUUGAAGAUGUAGCGGCACAUCCCGAGAGCGACGAUCCGCUGACCACCGGCGAUAGCGGGGCACGCGAAUCGCGCAAUCGAAAGCGGCAGCAUACGAGCUUCUUCGACGAAGAGGAUUCCAGACAAGCGUCAAGCUCCCAAAACUCAAGACUCACGACGUCUAUCGGCCAUUCUGGCUCUUCUCAAGAUACGGACAAAGCAUUCGACGUCGUAGGUCGUUCACUCCCCUAG